GUUGCAAAUUUAAACAGUACCUUGAAGACAUUUGUAAGAGGAACUUGAAACAGUUUCGUUCUGUACGCCAACAAAUGCACAACUCGAAUACGGAGUGUAAGAGCGCGUCAUUCAUAUAUUUUAAUGUCUGUAUAUAUAAGUAUACUUAUAUGUAUAGGAAGUUGGAAAUAACGUAGUAUAAUACCAACUUUUAAAAAAUCAAACGAAUUUAUCAGAUAUCAAUAUUAAGCAAAUCAAGUCAUAAUGAGUAUGGAAAAUAGUGUUCCUAAUAUUGAGCUGUCCAGAAAAAAUGAUAAAGAAAGUAAACUGUUCCAAGGAAAAGAUACAACUGAACGUCCCAACUGGUCAAACGGGUUAGAAUUUCUCAUGUCAUGCAUUUCUAUGUCUGUUGGACUUGGGAAUGUAUGGCGAUUUCCUUUUACAGCUUAUGAAAAUGGUGGAGGAGCCUUUCUUAUACCAUAUAUUAUCGUUCUCUUCAUAAUAGGAAAGCCAAUGUAUUAUCUCGAAAUGAUUUUAGGUCAGUUCUCAAGUAAAGGUUCGGUGAAGAUUUGGAGCAUUUGCCCCUCUUUCUUAGGCAUAGGGUAUGGUCAAGCGUUCGCUACAAUUUGCAUUAUCACUUACUAUUCAUCUCUUCUGGCAUUGACAUUAUACUACCUGGUAGUUUCUUGUCAGUCUGUACUUCCGUGGACAUAUUGUAGAACCGAAUGGGGUGACAAUUGUGUUAAUUCUAAUCCAAUUGGAGGUGUGAGAGAAAGCAAUAUUGAAAACCCGUCAAUGCAACUACAAAGCAGUUCUGAACUUUACUUUUUAAAAGAAGUUAUAAAACAAAAGGAAAACAUUGCGGAUGGGCUAGGAAUGCCAGAUUGGAAAUUAACUUUAACACUUUUUGUGUCCUGGGUUGUAAUUUUCUUGGUCAUCAUGAGAGGCGUAAAGAGUUCCGGCAAAGCGGCUUAUUUUUUGGCUUUAUUUCCUUACGCAAUACUCGCCGCAUUACUAGUGCGGGCAGUUACUCUGGAGGGAGCGGCAAAAGGAAUAAUGUUUUUCUUGGAACCUAAUUGGCAUGAACUACUUAAUCCAAAGGUGUGGAAGGAGGCUGUGGUACAAUGUUUUUUCUCUCUGGCAGUUGGACUUGGUCCAAUAGUUAUGUUUUCUUCUUAUAAUCAUUUUGAUCACGGCAUUUAUAGGGACGCUAUGAUAGUUACAACAUUAGAUACCUUUACAAGCUUACUGGCUGGUGUAUCUAUUUUUGGUAUUCUUGGAAAUUUGGCUCAUAACCUUCAAAUUACAGACAUCAAAGAAGUCGUCAAAAGUGGUACUGGUCUUGCAUUCAUUUCCUAUCCGGAUGCCAUUGCCAAAUUUCAAGCAGUUCCACAGAUUUUCGCCAUACUUUUCUUUUUUAUGCUGUUUGUAUUGGGAGUUGGAUCUAUUGUGGCGCUACACUCUACUAUUGUCACUAUAAUAUGCGAUCAAUUUAAAUCACUUCAAUACUGGAAAGUAGCACUGCUGACAUGCAUAUGUGGGUUUCUUGCGAGCAUAAUAUACGUUACACCGGGAGGUCAAUGGAUAUUAAAUUUAGUGGACUUUUAUGGAGGAACUUUUGUUAUUUUUGGUCUAGCGAUUUUAGAAACAAUCAGUAUUUCAUGGAUAUAUGGCAUAAACAAUUUUUGUGAUGAUGUCCAAUUUAUGACGAAGCGUGAAGUGUCUUUUUACUGGCGGUUAUGUUGGGCAGCUCUUACUCCAUUAUCAAUGAUCGUAAUUUUCAUAUACUCGCUGACAUCCAUAGAGCCUCUGACUUAUAGCGGCAAGCUGUAUCCAGACUCUGCAAAUAUUUCGGGAUGGAUUCUAUUUACGAUUGGGAUGGCUCAAUUUCCUCUCUGGGCUAUAUGGAGUGUUUCUACUCAUUGGAAUGAGGGAAUAUGGAAUUCAAUUCGUUCUUCCAUCAGAUCAAGUUCUAAAUGGGGUCCUUAUAAAGAGAGCAAUAGAAAUGAUUGGAUUGCAUUCAAAGCCAAAUGUGCACAAGAGAGAGCAAACCGAAAUGACAAAGGGAAAAUAAAACAGUUAUAUCAAAAGAUUCUCCAUUUAAUUAGGUCUCCAUAAUAAAAAAGUUAUUAUGAUAAACAAUAUUUGUAUAACGAUACCUUGAUGUUUAGUUAUUACGUAGUAUUGAAAAUAAUCAUAUUAAACUUAAGGUUAUGCAAACUGCAUAUAUAUUUAUACGAUCUAACUAA